GCAGGUGGUCACGUAUUUUCUGGAGUGAGCUAAACAUGAAUAUCCUAGGCGUAGAAGAUUUUGAUGCCAAUGGCAUUUUGAAUUCUUUAGAAUCCCACAAAACUUCCGAACAAGAUAAUAAUUCUGAAAUUUUAUCAGAUUCCAGCAAAGAAAAUGCCUUAUCACCCUCUACCUCAACAACCAGCUCAACCGCCAUCAGCUGCCCCACCCCAAAAAUCUAUAGUAAACCCUGCAAAUUGUCUCAACAGGAACGGCAAAACAAACGGAAAAAGAAACGUACUUCGGGUCAAUGUGACAUCUGCAAUCGUACCUUUAACGAUCUCUACAAUUUGCGUAUACACAAAAUGAUCCAUACGGGCGAAAAACCCUUCCAGUGUGAAGAGUGUGGUAAACGUUUUCGCCAGUACAAUAAGCUAAAAAUUCACUGUAUUACGCAUACCAAUGAGAAACCCUUUAAAUGUGAUAUCUGUGGUAAAGGUUUUCGUUUUCGCAAUUAUCUAUCCGUACACAAACGUCUACAUUCUGGGGAAAAUCCCUAUAAAUGUAAAUUUUGUGAAGAAUAUUUUCAUUCUCUACACUCAAGACGUUUGCAUACGAAACUUAUACACACAGAGGCGAAAACUUUUACCUGCUCGAUUUGUGGCAAAAUCUUAACGGCUCAAUGUUAUUUGACAGCUCAUAUGAAAAGGCAUACGAAUCAGCGAGACUUUAAAUGUGACAAUUGUGGUAAAUGUUUUUUUAGUCAAUCACAACUUAAGGAUCAUCAAUUGGUGCAUACCAACCUAAAGCCGUUUGAGUGUAAUGUUUGUCAGGCCCGUUUCCAGCGUAAAUCGAAUUAUACACAACAUUUGAAAAUACAUACGGGCGAGAAGUCGUAUGUCUGCUCUAUAUGCAAUAAAUCUUUUGCCCAAAAUGCCGGGCUAUAUGGUCAUAUGAAAUCACAUGCUAAAUAAAAAGUCCUUUAAGAGAGUAUUUACUGAAAUUUUUAAGCUCUUUGCUGGAGAAAACCCAAACAAGUGCUUUUUGGGGGAAAAGUUGUCGGAUAUCACUGUUAAACAGUUAGAAGUGGCAACUCGCAGAAACUAUCGUUUAAAAUAAAGCAGUGAUGUCAACUAAACGUUUUGAAAACGUCAACUGCGAGUGCAAUCGGAGUAAUUCAUAAUGAAUUGAAGCGGAAGAAACUUGAGGAAAAUAAAAAUUAAUGAACAUAAAAUUAUAUGAUGGAAACAAUAUUGUUAAA